UGCUCACUGACACAUAUACAGUUUACAGUGACAGGCAGGGUUGGAAAACAAGCAGGCAAUAUAAUAAAUCAGUUAAUCAUAGUUCCUGUCAGUGUGAUCUGUGUGGAGCAUUAGCAGCAGUUAGUGAGCCUUCCUUUGUUUUGGAUCUUCCUCUUAUCAUCAACAUCCUCAUCAUGAUAAUAAGCAUCGCUCUGAUCUGGGCAGUGGUGGUGGGAUUCUGCUGCCUUCUCUGGCUCGCUGUGGGGAUACGACGCAGGCAACCUGGUGAGCCUGCAGUAGAGAAUGGAUUCAUCCCCUAUCUGGGUUGUGCUCUGCAGUUCGGGGCCAACCCUCUCCAGUUCCUCCGCAGCCGCCAGAACAAGUAUGGCCACAUUUUCACCUGCAAGAUCGCUGGCCAGUACAUCCACUUCCUGUGUGACCCCUUCUCUUACCAUUCAGUCAUCAGACAGGGUAGACACCUGGACUGGAGGAAGUUCCACUUUGCUACGUCUGUCAAGGCAUUCGGCCACGACAGCUUCGACCCUCGCCAUGGCCACACCACAGAGAACCUCCACCAAACCUUUCUAAAGACCCUGCAGGGUGAGGCUCUGCCCUCCCUAAUAGAGACCAUGAUGGGCCACCUACAGGAUGUCAUGCUGAGGUCAGACACACUCAGCCCCAGCAAGGACCACUGGGAGGUGGAUGGCAUCUUUGCUUUCUGCUACAAGGUGAUGUUUGAGUCUGGCUACCUGACUCUGUUCGGUAAAGAGCUUGGUGAAGAUAAGUGUCAGGCUCGGCAGACGGCUCAGAAAGCCUUGGUGCUCAAUGCUUUGGAGAACUUCAAAGAGUUUGACAAGAUCUUCCCAGCGUUGGUGGCUGGCCUGCCCAUACAUGUCUUCAAGAGUGCUUACAGUGCUAGGGAGAACCUUGCAAAGACCAUGCACGCUGAAAACUUGUCCAAAAGGGAGAACGUUUCUGAUCUGAUCUCUAUGAGGAUCAUUCUGAAUGACUCCUUAUCAACCUUCAAUGACGUGAGCAAGGCCAGGACCCACGUCGCUCUGCUCUGGGCUUCACAGGCUAACACCCUACCUGCUACGUUCUGGAGUCUCUUUUAUAUGAUCAGGAGUCCAGAUGCCAUGAAAGCGGCUCGUGUGGAAGUACAAAAAGUUCUGCAGGAUUCAGGUCUGAUGGUUGACCCCAGCGACCCCACACUGAACCUCACCAGGGACCAGCUGGACAACAUGCCAGUUCUAG